UCGAGUUUUGUAACAGCAAUGCGUAACAUACUAACUGGAAGUCUAACCAUCUUGGCCCUGCUGCUGAGCAGCUGCAGCGCCACCAACUACUGCGCCAAGAGCUGCGGCACCAAUCAGAAUAUUGGCUGCAACAACAACGGCGCCUGGGCCAGCAGCUGCCCAAGUGACAAGCAGCUGCUGACGCUGACGUCGGCGCAGAAGGCUGCGAUUGUCGACAGGCACAAUCAGCAUCGCAACUUUAUUGCCGGCGGUGGUGCCAGCCAUUUGAGUCGCGCCUGCCGCAUGGCCACCAUGCGCUGGAACGAUGAGCUGGCCUAUCUGGCCUCCCUAAAUGUGCGCAGCUGCGAAAUGAAGCACGACAAGUGCCGCAAGACCGACGCCUUUGACUACGCUGGACAGAAUCUCGCGUGGAUGGGCUGGUUUGCGCCACUGAAUGCCACCGCUGAGGUCAUUCGCGGCGUGGACAUGUGGUACGCCGAGGUCAAGGACACAAAGCAGUCGCACAUCGAUGCCUAUCCCAACAAUUACAAUGGUCCUGCCAUUGGCCACUUCACCGUUAUGGUCGCUGAUCGCAACACUGCCGUCGGCUGUGCCGUCUCCACCUACUCGGUGAAGAAUCAGAGCUACAAGGCCUUCCUCAUGGCCUGCAAUUAUGCCACCACCAACAUGAUCGGCACCAAGAUGUACAACUCCUGCUCCUCGGCCGCCAGCAAGUGCACCACGGGCGUCAAUCCCAGCUACAAGUUCCUCUGCAGCGCCAGCGAGAACAUCAAUCCCAACAAUCUGAACUAUUAAAGCGUAAAGUCCAAUAAAGUCCCAAGCAAGCCACAGCGCA